AUGUUUCAAAGAAAAGCUUCUUCAGUUUGUUUUUUUAAUAGGUAUCACAAGAAUAAACAUGGAUAUGAUAUUUUGUUUUCAUCGAACGUUUCAAUUUAUAAAAAAGCAUUAAUACGAUAUUCCUCUAUAAAUAAUCCUCAGCAUAAUAAUAAUAGUAGGUAUAGAAAAAUUAUUGUUAUUCCUUUUAAUGAUAAGGAUAUGAAAUUAGAAUAUAAAAAGAUCCCAUUUGAUAAAAAUGACUUAGACAAGAAAAGUAAAAAGGAAUUAUUGAAUAUUUAUAAACAUAUUAGAAUAAAAGAAGAAUUGAAUAAAUUACCACAUGAUUUUUUAGAUAACUUAUUUGAAUGCACCAAAAAAUAUGUUGGUUGUCUGUUACCAUAUGAAUUUGUAAGUAUUUAUAAAACAUUAAAAAUUAUAAAAAAGAAUAAUAAGGAUUUAAAUUUAUUAUUACAUCAACAAAUGAAAAGAAUAUAUGAAAAUUUUGAUAUUACAAGUAUUAGUAAAUUAUUUCAAUUAUAUAAUUUUAGUAGAUCAAAACCAACAUUUCUAAUUAAAAUAUUAUCUCGAACAUUUUUAAAGAAUAUGAAUAAUGAAAAUGUAAAACCUUGGAAUAUUAGAGAAUUAGUAUCUAUAUUUUGUUAUCUUAAAAUUUACGAUGAAGAAUUGAUUGAUACUAUUUAUAAAAAAUGUAUUCCUAUUUUUUCAAAAUAUAUUAUGAAUUAUGAGCCAAAAGAUGUUACCAUUAUAUUUUAUUCUUUAAUAAAAAUGAAUAAACAUAAUACUAUUCUAUCUAAUGUUGUGACAAAACAUGUGAUUUUGAAUAUUGAUUCUUAUGAAUUUCAUCAGGUAGCCAUUGUUCUAAAUACAUUUGCCAAAAUAGGUGUAAAAAAUAAUAAACUCUGUAAGGUUAUAUGUGAUAAAAUUAAAAGGAAGCUACAACCAGAAAAAUACACACAUUUAGAAAAUAAUAUUAUGACAAGAAGAGAAGGAAAUAAUAAAUAUUUAUGCAAGAGUGAAGAAAAAAAAAAAACUUUUAACCCUUACAAUGUUGAGAAUUUGAAUGAGGCUACAAAUAAUAAAAACUCAGGUAAUGAAAAUGAUAAGAAAGGAGAAGUAAAUGGAUAUGAGGAACUAGAUAGAGGCAAUAAAGAAACUAAUGAAAUUAUUUCAAUUGAUAGAAUUGAUUCAAAUGAUAGAAUUGAUUCAAAUGAUAAAGUUGUUGCAGUUGAUAGAAUUGAUUCAAAUGAUAAAAUUGUUGCAGUUGACAAAAUUGUUGCAGUUGAUAAAAUUGUUUCAAUUGACAAUAGUCAAAAUAAAAAAUCAAUACUAACAAAAAAAAUAUUAGAACCAAAAGAUGUUUCUAUAAUAUUAAACUCCUUGAUAAGAUUAGAAUAUUAUGAUAAUCAAUUAUUUCAUUGUUUAAUCCCAUAUAUAAUAAAUAAUGUAUCCAAAUUUUCUGUUCAAUCAUUGAGCAAUAUUGUUCAUUCGUUUUCUCAAAUACAGAUAUAUCACGAAAUAUUAUUUGACAAUAUAAUUAAAGAAUGUAUUAAAAAAAUCCAUAAAUUUAAAAAUAUAGAAAUGAGUAAUUUGGCUAAUUCACUUGUACGUUUAAAUAGAAAAGAUAAAAUAUUAUUUACAUAUAUUAUUGAUGAAUUUUUAUAUCGUGCAACAAUAGGUUCUAAAUUUUUAAAUUAUAAUUUUGAUAUAAUAUCCUUACAACAAUUGGCAUAUUCAUUUAGUAAAGUGGGUUUAAAAGACGAUAAAAUUUAUACAGUACUUUAUAGGAUGUUAAUAAAAAAAAUAAAUGAAAAGAAUAAGAUACUUAGACGGACUAAUAAAAUAAGGAACAACAAUAAAUUGAUACACGUGGAAUGUAAUAAAAAUGGAGAUGCUAAUAAAAUUAAUAUGAACAAAAAAAAUAAAAUAAAUGAAAAGGAUAUUAUUGAAAGUAAAGAAAUAUCAAUAUAUAAUAAUAAUAGUAAUAGUCGUAGUAGUAAUAAUGUUUCUAUUAUUAAAAAUAGUUAUGAUAAUUUUGAUUUUUUUUCCUUAUGCACAUUUAUCAACUCGUAUGGACAAGUAAAUAUUAAGAAUAAAAAUUUUUGUCAUUUUAUUAGUUAUAUUAUUAGAAAGAAAAAAAAAAAUAAUGAAAUAUUAACAAAUGAAUCAUUAAGUUUUAUGUUAUAUGGUUUAUUAAAAUUAAAUUUAAAAGAUAAAAAAAUAUAUCAAAUAUUAUUAAAAGAAUGUAUAGAAAAAGUAGAUACAUUAAAACCAUUUCAAAUGAUAUUGUUAUUAUAUUCAUUGAGUAAAUUAAAAAUAUAUUCUUAUAAAUUUGUUAAGAAAUGUUUACAAAUAUUAAGUAUAAAUAUUAAUAAUUUGAAUUUAUCAGAUUUGUCAUUAGUAUGUUAUUCUUUAUCAAAUUUUUUAUAUAGAGAUGUUAUAUUUUUAUAUAAAGUAAAUAAAAUAAUUCUUUUAAAUAAUUAUGAAUUCAAUCCAAAAAUUAUUUCUCAAUUAUUUAAUUCUUAUACAAAAUUAUGUUAUUAUCAUGAACCCUUUUAUGAUUUUAUAUUUAAAAAAAUUAUAAUAUUUAUACAUCAAUUUGAUGAAAAGGAGUUAACUAAUCUGGUCUUUUCCUUUAUGUAUUAUUUUCAUAUGAAAAAACUUCAUUAUGAUAAUAUCAAAAAUGAUGAUAAAGACAAAAAAAAUGAACAGCCAAUUGGAUAUAUUCAAAUGGAAAGGGGAGAAAAUAAAACUGGAAAAAAUAUAACUGGAAAAAAUAUAUGCACAAAUAUAAAUGAUGGUAAUAGUAAGGAUAUUAAAUAUGUAAUAAAUGUGCAAAAUAAUAAUAAAAAUCAAAACGAUGAUAAUAAAAUGGAUGAUAAAUAUUAUAAUAAUAAUAAUUGUUAUAUUAAUAAGGAUUCUUAUUGUCGUUACGAUCAGUCUUAUGAUACAUGUAAAAACAUAUACCAUUCGACAAACACACAAAAUAAUAAUUCCAAUGAUAAUUCAUCAUGUAACAAUAAAGAUGAUAUUAUCCUAUAUAGAGAAGAAUUUUAUAAAAACGAAUUAAACAUAUUUUUUAAUUUAAUAUAUAUAUUAAAUGAAAAGUAUAGAACAAAAAUAUCCCUAAUAAGCAUAUAUCAAUUACAAAUUGUUGAUUUAUAUUUAAGAUCAUUUUUCAUGAAUUAUUUUUAUUUUCCUAUUUAUUUAAAAACUUUUUUUUUCAAAUGUAGAAAUAUUAAGUUAAACGUAGAAGAUUAUAUAAUCUUAUCCUCAAAAACACAUCGAAAUAUCUCUCGAUUUCUUAAUAUUGUUGGUAUAAGACAUAGAAGUGAGGUAUUGUUUGGUCCUUAUCAAUUAGAUAUUGUAAUAGAUUUUCUAGAAAAGAAAAACACAGAUAAUUAUUUACAUAUUUUAAAACAUCAAAACUGUAAUAAGGAUGAUAAAAGUAUAAUAUGUGAUAAUUUAUCUAAUGAUAAUUCAAACGAUUGUAAUAUUAUUUAUAAAGCCAAAAGGUUAGAAAAAGAAAAUAUUAUAAACAAUCAAGAUGGAAAAUAUAAAGUAAUUGAAAAAGUUUUAAAUAAAAAUAUUGUUAUAGAAGUUGAUGGUAUAUCUCAUUUUUAUAAAGAAAGUUUUAGUCGAACAAUUAAUUCUGUUAUUAAAGAUUAUAUUUUAAAAAAACUUGGUUGGAAUAUUAUACAUAUACCAUAUCAAGAAUGGAAUCAAUGUUUUACUUUUAAAAAAAAAGUAUUAUAUGCAAUUGAAAUUUUAAAAAAUAUUUUACAAAUAAGUAAGCAGGAUAUAUCUGUAGAGCAUUUUAUUCACUUGUUAAAUGAAAAAAAAAAAAAUGAUCAUACUUUUUUAAAAUCAAACAUGACACAUAUGAAUGUUUCUUAUAAUAAUAACAUGGGUGGUACAGAAAAUGAAAUGCAAAUACAUUCAAAAGAUCGAAUUGACGACAUAUCAAAUGAACAAAUCCAAAAUAAUAUGAAAAAUAAUAUGAAAAAUAAUAAUAAUAAUGAUAUACCUAAAUUUUAUACUGUCAGUGAAGAGAAUAUUUUUUUAAAUCAAAUAAAAAAUAAAAACACACGUCAACAAAAUAUUAUGAAGAAAAUGAGAGAAGACUCAAAAUUAAAAUAUGAUUAUAACAUAUCGUGUAAAAAAAUAAAUGAAGAUCUAAAGAUGAAUCUUAUGUAUGAUGAUAACGACGAGGACUAA